AUGAAGUCUCCAGAUUCUGGCAAUAGGGAUGAUAGUCCAAAUACAAAAGAGGAAGAAGCUGAACAAGACUGCAGUAGUCCAAUGGUUGAUUUGAAGGUUCAAAUAAGUAAAGAUGAUGAGAGUGCACAGACUGAAGUCGAAAAGGGCACAUUGAUGAAGAAGUCAGCUGAUAAUGAUUCUUCAGAUAUUAUUGAUGAGUACAUGGAUAUAUCAUUAUUUGAUGUAAAAUGUCGUAGAGUACCAACAAUAUCAAAAAUGUUAAGGGAUAGGACUAUUAUUACUGAAGGAUAUUCUAUUGGAAUAGAUCAAAUCCCAUUACAAAGGGAGAGAAUGACUGCUCAUAAAGGUGUACAUUUCACUUUAAUGGUAGCUGGUCAAGCAGGUUUAGGUAAAACAACUUUUGUGAAUACAUUUUUUGGCUCUUCCAUUUUACCAAGUGUUUGGAAUAAGAAAGAUCACAAUUCAAGUCAAGAAAGAACAAAAUCAAUCACUUGUCACACUGCUCAAAUUGAAGGGUAUGGAACAAAAUUGAACUUAACAAUUAUUGAUACUCCAGGUUUUGGAAAUAAAUUAAACAAUGCAUUUUCAUGGAUUCCAUUAACAAAUUUUAUUGAUGAUCAGAUUAGAUCAUAUAUUUUCCAAGAGGAACAGCCAGAUAGAAUCAAACUAAGAGAUAAACGAGUUCACUGUUGUUUGUAUUUUAUUGAACCAACAAACAAGGGACUUUCGACAUUGGACGUUGUCACCAUGAAAGAAUUAUCUAAAAGAGUUAAUGUUAUUCCAAUUAUCGCAAAGGCAGAUUCCUUACCUAAAUCCCAUCUUACAAAUUUCAAUCGUGAAAUUAGGCAAAUAAUUGAUGUUCAAAAUAUUAAAAUUUGCAAUUUCUUAAAUUCAAAUGAUCCAUAUUACGAUGAUAUUUUCAGUAAUAUUCCAUUCAAUAUAAUCGCAUCAGAGAACCAUGUUAUGAAUAAUCGUGGAGAAUUGGUCUUAGGGAGAGAAUAUAAAUGGGCAGUGAUUGAAGUAGAGAAUCCUAAACAUUCUGAUUUUAGUAAAUUAAAAGAUAUUUUAAUAAAUAAAUAUAUGGCCGAUUUAGUUCAAUCCACCGAAGAAUAUUAUGAAAACUGUAGAGCAUCACUAUUAAAGACAAGGAUAUUAAAAGCAAGAGAUAUCUGUUUUUCUUCGAAACCACCACUAGUAGAUAUAUCAGAUGAAUUAAAGGAAUUUUUCAAAACAUUAGAUUAUGAAAACUGUGAUAAUAAUGGUAUUAAAAAUUAUGCAUGUUAUCAACUGUUUAAUAAGAAAUAUAUCGACGAAUUAGUUCUAGAAUGGUGCCAAGAAUAUAUCCACAGACAAUGGGAAGCCAAACGAAGAUUCAAUGAAAUCGUUAACGUUGAAGAAAAUAAAUUUCAAGAUUGGAGGAAAGCUAUCUUAAAAAGACAAGAGAAAUUCAAUAACGAAAUAAAUUCAAUCCAUAAACAAAUUGAAUCUCUACAAAUAGAAUGCCACGACUUGGAAUCAAGAGCAAUCUCUAGUCGCUCAGGAAAUGAAAAAUCUUUAGGAAAUUUAAGUGCUAUGGUAGGCAAAACCUAA